AUGGAUGCAAACGAUGCCUUAUUUCUGGAUGAUGAUAUUAUCUUUCUUGAUGACACCGAAGCAUCUGAAGCUGUACUAUCUGACGAUGAAGAUGUGUACUUUAUUGAAGAAGCUGAAGAUGGCAAUGCAGAAGAUGCAUCUGAUAACGAAGAUGUUUAUUUUUUAGAAGAAACUGAAGGUUUACUAUCUGACGACGAAGAUGUGUACUUUAUUGAAGAAUCUGAAGAUGGGAAUGCAGAAGAUGCAUCUGAUAACGAAGAUGUUUAUUUUUUAGAAGAAACUGAAGCUGACAAUGAAGAAGGUUUACUAUCUGAUGACGAAGAUUUGUACUUUUUUGAGGAAACAGAAGAAACAUGUAAUGAUACAGAUAUGUGUUGUGAGAAAAGCUGUUCGAACCGGUUGUCCAGAUGUGAUAUUCAAAAUGCAAUAUUGGAUUAUCCAGAAAACACAACUCAACAAAAUAAUUGGAUAGUACAUUAUCUAUCAAAAUUCUCACAGAAAAAGUUGAUAACGAGAAAUAAGAUUAUAUCAGAGGAAAUUGAAACAAAUUUUUAUGUUGCUGGGAAAUGUAUAUGUGAGAUAACCUGGAGAAACAUAUAUGGAAUAUCAAAGUACAGAUUCGAUAAAGCAAAAGAAAGAUUUAUGACGGGUCAAACUAUCCAUAUUCAUGGAAAUGCAGACAGAUUCAAAUUACACAAGAAUUCAACAGAAUGCGUUGGGUGGUUACUCAACUAUCUUCAUCUGAUUGGAGAGCAUUUGCCAAAUGAGGACAAAAUAGAAAUGCCCGCAGGCAUGACCAAGAAAGAUAUAUUCCAAAAGAUGGACCAAGAAAUUGAAUCGUCAGUGCCAGUUAAAACCAAAUACAGAUUAUGGCAAAAAUUUUGCAGUAAUGUGAAAACAACUAAGGGUUCAUCUUUCAGUAAAUGCCAUUACUGUAUAUCUCUAUUAAAAAAUAUGGAGAUUUCAAAGUUGGAGAAAAAUAAAGGGAAGAUGAAUCUAAUACAAGAAGAGAGAAUUGAACAUUGGAAUGACAUAAGGGAUGAGAGGUUAGAUUACUACCAGAGACGGGAUGCAUCACGCCAAGACCCGAAGGAUUCAUUGUGCAUAAUUUUUGAUGCUAUGGAUCAAUGCAAAACAUCUUUUCCAAUUUUGCGCAGGAGAGUAUCAAAGGAAAUUCAAAGCAGAUCAGUGCCUCCAAUCAAAACCUAUUUAAAGGGAAAAUUCACGAUUUUUUACUUAUGGUUUAAAUAUGUGACCAGCCAUGAGAUUUUCAGGCUUAUGGAGGUAUUAGAACCAAAAUGA